UUUUCAGAAUACAAUGAAGGACCUGUUUUGGCAGGUAAAUCUAUUAAAUUGUUUAUAAUGUUUAUAGAAACUAGUAGUAUCACAUGUAAUUAUCAGUGUCUGUCAUACCUUGUCUAAUGGUAAUAGUGGGUUGUUUGUUCUUUUUUCCCAAAAGUAAUAUAUUACAUCUAUGUUAAGUCUCAGGAUUGUUUUACCCCUUGACUGUAGAAUAAAGAUAACAUGAAGAAAUUCCAUUCUGUUAUGCACUUUUCCCUGGAUUUUGCUUCCAGCCACAGCUGCAUCUCCAAGAACUGGGAAGUUCACAGUGAAUUUCACCAUAACUAACCUCCAGUACUCCAGUGGUCUCAGCAAUCCAUAUUCUGCCAAGUUUAAUGCUACAGCAAGAGUCUUGAUUGCUCUGUUCAAUCAGCUGUUCCAGAAGUGUAGUAUUCAUUCUGUGUAUACAGGCUGCAAAAUGAUGGCUUUCAGACCUGCACCAAAAACUGAAGGCACUGGAGUAGAUGCUAUGUGUACCUACAAAACAGAUUCUGCUGCUUCCCAGUUUGAUCGAGUGACUGUUUACCGUGAAGUGAGCAACAAGACAAAUGGCAUCACCAACUUAGGAAUCUACAGCCUUGACCAGGAAAGCCUGUAUAUUAAUGAUUACCAUGAAGCCCAUCUCUUGCCUUCAGCAUCUCCAGCUCCUCCUCCUGCAAGAGAAGGAUAUUUCACAGUGAACUUCACUGCGACCAAUCUCCUCUACACAUCAGCAUUAGGAAAUCCAAAUUCCAAAAAAUUCAUUGCUGCCAAAAAAACUCUGACAUACUUGCUUGAUCGUGUGCUCAAGAACAGCAGCCUUAGCCCUGUCUAUACUGGUUGUACAGUGGUGGUACUAAGGUCUGUGAAUAACACAGAGGGCACUGCCAUGGAUGCAGUCUGCACAUACAGAGCCAACGCUACCACUACUGAAUUUGACCGAAUCAAGGUUUAUCAUGAGCUCAGCAAGAUGACAGCCAGCUGCACUGAGCUAGGACCAUAUAGGCUGGAUGCAGCAAGCUUUUAUGUUAGUGGUUAUAAUGAACUUCAGCCUGGACUGUCUGUUGAUUCAACUACACCACCUCUGUCACCAGCAAUAAGGAAUUUCACAUUGAAUUUCACUAUAACCAACCUCCAGUUCACUGCAGAUCUGGCAAUGCCAAACUCUAAAAAAUUCAAGUCAACAGAAAAAGUCAUGUAUUAUUAUGUUGACCCUUUACUCCAAAAAAGCAGCAUUGGCCCUGCUUAUAUUGGCUGCAAAAUAAUGGCAUUCAGGCCAAAGAAGAGCAAGUAUGACACGGGAGUAGAUGCCACCUGCAGCUACAGAGAUGAGCCUUCAGAUCCCGAGUUCAACAGAGUGAUAGUUUACCAUGAGCUGAGCAAUAUGACAAAUGGUAUCACCAAGAUGGGACACUACAGCCUUAACAGCCGGAGCCUCUACAUUGAUGGUAAUGAGAUCACCUCAAGGCAUUAUUCCAUAUGUUGA